AUGUCUACCUCAAUCCACCCCUUCAUUUUACUCUGCAUUCUCAUCUCCAUCUCCCUCACAGAUGGGACUCAACUCAUAUUGGUGAACAACUGCAAAGAGAGUGUGUGGCCGGGAAUUCUUGGAAGUGCAGGGCACCCAACUCCAAAAGAUGGUGGAUUUCACCUUUGCAGUGGAGAAGAGGUGGUGCUAGAAGUCCCUGAGGGAUGGUCAGGGAGAAUCUGGGGUAGACUAGGGUGUUGCUUUGAUCCCAAAACUGGUAAAGGGUCAUGUGAAACAGGUGAUUGUGGUGGUCUUUUGAAGUGUGGGGGCAUUGGUGGAGUUCCUCCAGCUACCCUUGUGGAAAUGACACUUGGAACCUCUCAAUCAUCUUUGCAUUUCUAUGAUGUUAGUUUGGUUGAUGGGUUUAACAUUCCGUUGUCCAUGAAGCCUGUAGGAGGUGGAGUUGGUUGUGGUGUUGCAGCUUGUGAGGCUAACUUGAAUGUUUGUUGUCCUUCUGCACUUGUUGUGAAGAGUCAAGGGAAGGUUGUGGGGUGCAAGAGUGCUUGUUUGGCUGCAAAAUCAGAUAGAUAUUGUUGCACUGGGGAGUUUUCAAGCCCAAAAAGUUGUAAGCCAAGUGCUUUUGCUCGUCUUUUUAAGACCAUUUGCCCUCAGGCUUAUAGCUAUGCUUAUGAUGAUUCAGCUGGGCUUAAGACUUGCAAAGCACCUCGGUAUGUGAUCACAUUUUGCCCCCCUAAUUGA